GGAGCACGCCAGGAGGGAGAAGGGGAAGCCCGCCCGCCAGCAGAGUGGGAAGGUGCGGAAGAAAGGCUCAGCAAGGUGGAAAUAAAGGACAAUAAAGACACCAGUGUCCAGGCGCAAAGUGUUGGCAGUAGAGACUGGUGUGGAGUGCAGUUCAGUUGAUGGACCCAAAACAGGCCAAAUGGAAGAAGGGCCAUUUAGCCAUGUUGAAGAAAGAAGGUUGAAUGAGGGCCAUGCACCUGGCCUGGCCAAUGGGGGAGGGGGGCGCACUGCUGGAGGAAGGCCCAUGCUAAUGGAAGCAGGCACGUGGCUCGGCAGCCCGCAUGCCGAGCGGAAGGCCAACUGGGGGAGUGUGCCAGCUACCCCAAGCCAGGGAGACUCCUCCAGCAAUGCCAACUUGGAGGAUGCUCAAAACUUGGUGGCUUUUUCGGCGGCAGCGGAGGCAGCCAUGUCUUCACAGGGGAUGGUGCCUCUGGCAUCCCCUUCCUUGCUGAGCAUGCAGUUGUAUGAGAAAUUCAAUGCUGAGAUGAAUCACAGUGGGGUGGGUGAGGAUAUGCCAGUGCCUCCUUCAAUUGAGGACCUGAACGCUCUCAAGGCUGCUCUGGCUUUGGCCAAGCACGGCAUGAAGCCUCCAAAUUGCAACUGUGAUGGACCCGAGUGCCCAGACUACCUGGAAUGGCUGGAGAAGAAGAUCAAAUCGGCCACUGGAGAGGAUCAGAGUUGCACCUCCCAGCCUCUCAGCCAAGCUCACCAGCCCUCCUUAGACAAUGGUGCUAAUCCUCAGCAGGCGCCUGCUGGACAUGAGAAGCCCCCUCUGUGCCCACUGGAGGCCCUCCCUUUUUCUCAAAGUGCACUGAAUAUUGCAAAGGAGAAGAACAUCAGUCUCCAGACAGCCAUCGCUAUUGAAGCCCUCACUCAGUUGUCGUCGGUGCUUCCUGAGCCAGUCCCAGAGGCUCCACCCCCUUCCCGGAGCCCCUUGCAAGCCAUGGUGUUCACCUCCAAAGAACAGCUGGCCCAGGCGUCCCUCUUCCCGGCACACAACCCCAACUCGGUGCUAACUGUGUCCAGUGCGGAGCUGUACCAGAGCCCGGCCUCAAAGCCGUAUGCAAGCCACAGCCUGCUCCAGUCUCCUGCAUCAUCAUCAUCAUCAUCAUCAUCAUCAUCACCACCACCACCACCACCACCACCGUCCCCCUGGCAGCAGGGAGGGAAAGUCGCUCAGGAUAUGGCCCCCUAUUGCCUUGACCGCAGCAACGGCCACCUGGAACCUUCGGGCCUGUUCCUCAGCUCCACCUCCACCCAACAAAAGGCUGAUUUUCCUGAGCAGUGGAGUGAAGAAAGCAAGCUGAAAAACAGCUCCUGGGGGCUGAAUCCCAACACUCCCCCAUCACCCUUGGUCAGCGAUCCCAUGGCUGAGCUGGAGCAGCUGCUGGGCAUCAAAUCUGUGUUCAAACGGCCUGGAGUGAUAUCUGGCAAAGGAAGAGUCAUGAAACCAAAGCAGCAGGAGCAGCUUGGCCACAAGGAUGAGAACACCAGCUACCGCAAACCAGCCUCCUCCAGCCCACACUUAUCCCAGCUCCUGCAAGAGACGAGCUUCCACAAGAAGACCCAGAAGGUACUGCAGCACCACCUCCAUCACAAGCGCAGCCUCUUCCCUGAGCAGACCGUGCCCCCAGGAGCCCCCCAGGAGCAGCUGCCCAGCUGGUGGGCUCCCAGUGCACAGCCCCAGCAGCCUCCAAAGCCACCAGAGAAGCCGGUCAGGGAGCGGAAGAAGAAGGUCCAGCCUGAUAAAAAUGGCCCUGCCAAGCCCCUCCGCAAGCAGGUCCAGAUUAAAAAGUCUAAGCAGAAGGACACUCAACCCCUCUUCCUGCCUGUGCGGCAGAUCAGCUUGGAAGGGUUCCACUCAGCUGCCACUCCUGAGCACUCAAGCAGAGAGAUGCAGCCUGAGCAGCCGCUCUCCAGCACCCCGGGCAAGCUUUUGCCUCCUCUUCCAUCAACAUCCAGCCCUGCAGAGCAAUCUCCUUUGCAGAAGCUACUUGAAAACAGAAGCCUGGCUCUCAACACUCAGGAAACAUGCCACCCCAGCCAGGAGGAGAGCCAUUGCUACCACCCAGAGAACUCUGCAUGUGACUCUGCUUCCCUUGGCACCCCUGUUUCUGGGUUUGCCCCAUGCUCAUCUUCUGCGGCUUGCAGCAAUGGGCAUGAGGAAGCCUUUCACAGGUCAACCAAUGCGACAGAGCACCCCCUGUUUGCUCAUAAUCGCAUUGCGGUGGAUGACAAGUUGGAGGAGCUGAUCAAACAGUUCGAGGCAGAGUUUGGAGAAAAUUUCAGCUUUCAGAAUUCUGAGCUUCCAGCUCCACUGCUCCUCACUGAUGGGCCUCUGUCAGCCCAGCCACCUUCUCCCUUGCAGCCAUCGUCUUCUCUGAGCCACUCUCUAGAGACUCCGGGGGGCUUGGAUGCAGCUCUCCAGCCAUCACCCAGCAAGGAUUGCACAUUGCCUCCGACAGGCGCUCCCGAUGCGAGUCACAAAACGUUCUCCCUCUUGCCGGGGGCCGGGCAGCCUUUUGAAAACCCUUUUGCAGCUCGGUCCCCAAAACAGAUAAAAAUAGAAUCUUCUGGUGCUAUUACCGUGGUGUCCACCACAUGCUUUUACUCUGACGAAAACCAAAACACAGGCACUGCUUCCAUGGAAGGAACCCCAACCAAGGAUAAAGUGCCGUUCAUGCCUACUCUCAGUGGAUUUUUGGAAUCUCCCUUGAAAUACCUGGACACCCCAACCAAAAGUUUACUGGACACACCGGCCAAACGAGCUCAAGCAGAGUUCCCAACUUGUGACUGCGUGGAACAAAUAGUCGAGAAAGAUGAGGGGCCGUAUUAUACGCACCUGGGGUCCGGACCAACUGUGGCGUCCAUCAGGGAACUCAUGGAGGAACGGUAUGGUGAGAAGGGGAAAGCCAUCAGAAUCGAAAAGGUGAUCUACACAGGGAAGGAGGGAAAGAGCUCUCGCGGCUGCCCUAUCGCCAAGUGGGUCAUCAGGAGGCACAACAUAGAGGAGAAGCUCUUGUGCCUGGUGCGACAUCGCGCUGGCCACCAUUGCCAGAAUGCUGUCAUCAUCAUCUUGAUUCUGGCCUGGGAGGGGAUCCCUCGCACCUUGGGGGACACCCUGUACCAGGAGCUCUCUGACACGCUCACGAAAUACGGAAACCCCACCACCCGGCGAUGUGGGCUGAACGACGACCGGACCUGUGCAUGUCAAGGGAAGGACCACAACACCUGCGGUGCCUCUUUCUCUUUCGGCUGCUCUUGGAGCAUGUAUUUCAAUGGGUGCAAAUAUGCUCGAAGCAAAACGCCCAGGAAAUUCAGACUUCAGGGAGAUAAUCCCAAGGAGGAAGAAGUUCUCAGAAGAAGCUUCCAGGACCUGGCCACAGAGGUCGGCCCACUUUAUAAGAGGCUGGCACCCCAGGCCUACCAAAAUCAGGUUACGAAUGAGGAUAUAGCAAUAGACUGUCGGCUUGGGCUGAAAGAGGGGAGGCCCUUCUCUGGGGUGACAGCAUGCAUGGACUUCUGUGCGCAUGCUCACAAGGAUCAACACAACCUUUAUAACGGGUGCACAGUGGUGUGUACCUUGACAAAAGAAGACAAUCGUACCACUGGGAAGAUCCCUGAGGAUGAACAACUGCAUGUCCUUCCACUCUAUAAAAUGUCCACCACGGAUGAGUUUGGCAGUGAGGAGAAUCAAGCUGCGAAGGUGGGCAGUGGGGCAAUCCAGGUGCUCACCUCCUUCCCCAGGGAGGUGAGGAAGCUUCCUGAGCCGGCUAAGUCUUGCAGGCAGAGGCAGCUGGAAGCCAGGAAGGCAGCUGCCGAGAAGAAGAAGAUGCAGAAGGAGAAGCUGAUUACACCUGAGAAAGUCAAGCAGGAGGUUCUUGAGAUCCCAACACUCCCAACACAGAAUGCAGAUCCGGCUCUGAGAAGCGGACUGUCACAGCAGUCAGUCAAACCUUCCGUCAAAGUGGAACCUCAGAACCAUUACAACACGUUCAAAUACAAUGGCAACGCUGUGGUGGAAAGCUAUUCGGUGCUUGGAAACUGCAGACCCUCAGACCCCUACAGCAUGAACAGUGUUUACUCUUACCAUUCCUACUAUGCACAACCUAAUCUGCCUUCCAUGAAUGGGUUGCAUUCAAAGUUCUCUCUUCCAUCCUUCGGGUAUUACGGAUUUUCCAGCAAUCAUGUGUUCCACUCCCAGUUUUUGAAUUACGGCGACACAAGUAGUGCACCUUGGACAAACAGCAGCUAUGAGAAAAAGCCCGAUGUUCAAAUGUUGCAAGAUAACUUGAGCCAUGCUUACAGGAAUUCUGAACUCGGGGAUGAGAUCCCAGCCACUGUACGAAACAAAAACCACCAUGGGCGCACCUAUGAGAGAGCCAACAGACAUGCAGGUAAGGCCACACCUGUGCCCCAGAGGUGUAACUCAGUCCCAGCAGACGCACUGUCAUUUUCACAAAACACAAACUGUUUCAACAGCCGAACAAUCAAGCAAGAGCCAGUGGACUCCUUGUCGCACAUGGAGUCUAUUCAGAAGGCAGCUGCUGUCAAUGGCCAAAAUCCAAACCUGAACUCAACUGAUUUGUCCAGGUUGUCUCAGCAUGGAGGCCUAGAGCAGCAAUGGAGCCCUCAAAAAAUCAACAGAAAUGAGUCGCCUUCUGACAGGACUAGUCAUGCUGCGAGCCUGUGGAACAUGUUUACCCCCAGUGACAAUGUCAGUGUGCUCAAUGCAAACGUGCAGAAGAAACCGAGUUUGUUUGGUUCCCAUUCCAAUGCUACCAGGUUGCCACAGUCCCACCUACUGGAGAAACAGUGGAAUUUAUUUCCUGGAGAAGGGCGGCCACUGCCACCUAGCCCUGACAUGCUGGGAAAAACGUGGAGCCCUUGCAAAGUCAACGAAAGCUCUUCAGCCUUUCCAGCAAAUUCAAACCUUCAGGAGAACCCCUGGAGCUUUGGGCAGCUGAACUUCGGUUCCAACAAGGGAAGCUCCAGGCUUCAAGAUGAGCUUUGGAGUUCUGCCAAAGUAGAUGACAGAAGGACUCCAACACCGGGCACAGGAUUACACAGUAGACCGUGGACUUCCUUUGGCUCAUUGCCCACUAUGGCCUCAGGUGUGUGCGGGGAGAAGCCAUUCACUUCCUUGAAAGGAGAAGGUAGUGCAAUGCUGCUGGCUGCUGGCCACCAAGAGAGACCAUGGGACUCCUUCAGUUUGGAUGACAGCAUGGAAGACACACCCGACAAGAACAUCAAGGAGGAGGAGGAAGAUGAGGAAGAGGAAGAGGUAUGGUCAGACAGCGAACACAACUUUCUAGAUGAAAACAUUGGUGGGGUGGCAGUGGCUCCAGCCCAUGGCUCCAUCCUCAUAGAGUGUGCAAGGCGGGAAUUGCAUGCAACCACCCCACUGAAGAAGCCCAACCGGUGCCACCCCACACGCAUCUCUCUGGUGUUCUACCAGCAUAAGAAUUUGAAUCAGCCCAACCAUGGACUUGCCCUUUGGGAAGCCAAAAUGAAACAGCUGGCGGAGAGAGCCCGGGCAAGGCAGGAGGAAGCAGCCAGACUUGGCCUUCAGCAGGACAUCAAAACCUUUGGCAAGAAGCGGAAAUGGGGAGGCAGUUUGGCCACGGAGCCCCAACACAAGGAGAAGAAGGACUGCGUGCCGACGCGGCAGGCCUUGGCCAUCCCAACAAACUCUGCUAUCACUGUGUCCUCUUAUGCCUAUACCAAGGUAACUGGACCAUACAGUCGCUGGAUGUGAGAAGACUAUAGCUCACCUGUGGCCAUCUUACCUCAAAGUCUGCAGCACUGGAAUGCAGUGCUGGUUUGUGGUGCUUUUUUCUAGCAGGUGUCAAAGAGGAAUACGAAACCAAGCCGAGUGUGACAUUUCAAUAUCUGCACUGGGGAACUGAGCGAAAGAAACGUACUGCUAUUAACAUUUUGCAGUAACCUAAUAUUUAUAUCUCUGCAUUUUUAAUCUGUAUAUCAUAAUAAUGACAAGAGAAAUUUGUAGUGUCCUUUCACAAA